UUCAUAUUUUUACUUUUUUUUACUGGUUUAAACAUUUGUUUUUCAGUUCUAAACAUUACACAUACGGUUUAAAAUAAAUGUUUUAAAUAUAUGUUUAGAAUGUUGUUGUGUUUACGGUGUCGUGUUUGUGUUUCUGGUGGUUGUAUUGUAGUGUUUGUGAUGUGGUAUUUUAGUGUUGUUUUUGUGUUGUUGUAGUGUUUUAUUUUUUCUUUUGUAGUUUUAGUGUUUAGUUUAGUGUUUUAGUAUUUUAUUUGUGUGGUUACAGUAUUUGUAGUGCUUAUAAUGAAGUGUUUUGGCACUGUAGUGUAGUAUCUGUAAUGUAUUUGUGGUAUUGUAUUGUUUGUAUUGUAUUAUUUGUAUAAUAGUGUUUGUAGCUUAGGGUAUGUAUUGCAAGUAUUUGUGAAAUUGUAUUGUUUAAUUGUAGUGUUUUUUGUGUGGUUAAAAUGUGCGGUUAUGGUAUUUGUAGUAGUAAAGUGUUUAUUGUUAGUAUUGAUGUGGUGUUUGUGUUGUAUUAACUUUACUGUAGCGUUUAUGGUGUCAUAGUAUUUGUAUUGUUAGUCCUUGUGUAGUUUUAGUGAAGUAGUGGUUAAUUUGUGUGGUUAAAGUGCUUCUGUGGUUAAAAUAUUUUUAGUAUCAGUGUGUUUGGUGUUAAUAUUGUUGUAGUGUUUAUAAUGAAGUGUUUGUGUUGUAUUAGCUGUAUUCAUUUUGGUGUGACAGUAUUUGUAUUGUUAGUGUUGUAAUACUUAUGUUGGUAGUAUUUGUGUUGUUUUGGGCAGUUUGUGGUGGUCUAUAACAGGUAGGUGUGAGUCGCGCUCAGGUGCUGCUCUCUUAUUCUUCACCACCUGAAGAAACAUCUCAGGAACGAGCGUCUGGAAUUCCAAAAGAAUGUAACACUCCAGCAUAAUCCGAAUACUUCAAAAGGUUGUUCAUCGAUGUCUUUGAGUGCAUUGUAGAGAUGUGUCUAGCAGUCAGCGUUCUCUCACCAAGAGGUACACUACGCAAAGUUACCUCUGAUAGACUUUUUGUUUAAUGUAUUUAUAAUUAUUCAUUAUUAUUAUUAUUCAUAUUAAUCAAAUGUUUAAGUAGAAAUGACGCAAGUGUUACAUAAAACCUCUCUCUCCCUCUCUCAGAUGUGUAAUAAAUCAUAAACCAGACGACACCUCACACUCAGGUGUCACUUUGUCUCACACGCUACAGAGAGAGAGAGAGAAAGAGAGAGUGAAAUAUGUAGAGAAAAAAAUAAAAAAGAGAGAAAGAGGAAGAAUGACAAACAGGUAGAUAAAAGAAGAGAGAGAGAUGAAGAGAAAAAAGGGGGAAUGAAAGAGAGAAGGGUAUAGAAAAGAAGAAGGAAAGAGAAAAAAUAGAGACAGAAAGAAGGAGAAUGACAGACAGGGAAAGAGAUAUAUAAAGAGUGAGAAAGCAAGGGAGAGAUGAGAAAAGGAAAGACUGAGAAAGAGGAAGAACGAAAGGGAGAGGUCUGAAGAGAAAAAAAGAAGAGAGAGUGGGAGAGAAAGAGGGAGAAUGACAGAAAGAGAGUUAGAGAAAGAGGGAGAAAAAAGGAGAGGGAAAUAGGAAGAUUAACAGACACAGAGGUAGGAAAAGAGGAAGAAAGACAGAGAUGUAGAGAAAAGAAAAGAAGGAGAGAGAUGAAGAGAAUAACAGAGAAAUGAAGAGAGAAGAAAAAUAAUGAGAAAAAGGUAAAAAGAGAGAGGUUUAAAGAGAAAAGAAGUGAGAGAAAAAAAAUGACAAAAAGAGUUAGAGAAAAUAGAGAGAGAGACAGAGAGGUGAUAUGAAGAGAAAAGAAGACAGAGAAAGACAGAGCGGGGUAGAAAAGAGAAGAUAGGAAGAGGCGGGGGUGGUUGUUAAAUAAAGAGAUGGAGGGGCUAUGUGUUGGGCGGAGACUGGUGGUGGUCACAUGAUGGGGGAAACCUUUUCAGGAUUAGCCUGUUAGCUGAUUAGCAUCUUCACAGCUUAUCUCCCCCACAACAACUCUCACUUUUUCCACUUCAAGUAUUUGAAGGAUUUGAUUGCAUUCAGCCACAUUGGAGCUUCAUUAAGAUCGGGUUCUGGUGCUGAACACUCAGACACUCCAACGCUACUGGAUGGAGCUCCGUCAACACUCUAGCAAGCCUUUUAUACCCCUCCAACCCAAACCAGGCAUUGAAAAAGAUGAACUUUGGGUCAUGUGGUCAUGGCUGUUGUAGAAAGUCUGAUUCUAUUGGUCAAUGAUUCUUCUCUGUGGACAUUAUACAAGCUGUAUGUGCAUUUAAACACCUGUGCCAGCAGGGGGCGCACUUUAAUGCAGGUGAAUGAACACGUAACUGCUAAUAUUAGGAGCAGUUCAAACAGUUUUGAAGGCGUAAAGAUAUUCGGACACUUGAUUGGUUAGGCUAAUCAUUCUAACGUUAAACAACAUUGCUCCUCUAACCACACCCACUCAAACCCUACCUUCCCCUACCUUUUACCCUGUCCUGUCCAAAUUUUUGGAUAUAUGAAGUUAUUUGGACACCUAAUUGGCCAAUCUGGCCUCUCAAUGUAACCACACCAACUUUAGCCCCGCCUUCACACCCACCCUUUCUAUGGCCCUGUCCCUCACAUGACUUCCGUGACCUACUCAGCCUGGAGAAAUCCUCUGGGUAAUCCGUGCUCUCCUGCACUCACCCCGCCCAAUCCCAUACAAUCCCGUCCCCUCCACCUGUCCAGCCCGAGCCCGAGCCCGGAGACGAGCCGGUCACCUGAAGACGAGAGCCGACCGGAGAACCGAGCCCCGGGAAUGCCCAGCUCCUGCUUCCCCUCGCUCCCCCACAGGCCCGGCAGAUCCCUGAGCGUCGGUGGGUGAGCGCUGGCACGGCGGGUGGGCGCUGAUGUGUGUGUGUGAGUGUUUGUGCCGCUCAGUGAAGGAUGCAGCGUCUCCUGGUGGUUCAGGUGCUGCUGCUGUGCUGUUGCCGUUUGGUCCAGCCGUUCUGCCCGUCGCAGUGUACCUGUGUGUUCCACUCCCGCAGUGACGGAACCGGGACCAGGACCGUCCUUUGCAAUGACCCGGACAUGUCCGACAUCCCGGUGAACGUCCCGGUGGACACAGUGAAGCUGCGGGUAGAGAAAACGGCCGUGCGUCGGAUCCCCACCGAGGCCUUUUACUACCUGACGGAGCUGCAGUACCUGUGGAUCACUUACAACUCCAUCACCUCCGUGGACCAGGGCAGCUUCUACAACCUGAAGGUCCUGCACGAGCUGCGGCUGGACGGCAACCAGAUCGCCACCUUCCCCUGGGAGUCUCUAAGGGAGAUGCCUAGCCUGCGGACCCUCGACCUGCACAACAACCGCCUCACCAGCAUCCCCGUGGAGGCGGCGCCUUACCUGGUCAACAUCACCUACCUGGACAUCUCCAGCAACAAGCUCACCACCCUGCCCUCUGACCUGGUGGACAUCUGGCCCCCGUUCUCAGGAAUGCCGCCCACCUUCAACGCUUCCCAGAAGAUCGUGCUGGGUCUCCAGGACAACGCGUGGUUCUGCGAUUGCAGGAUCUCCAAACUCAUCGAGUUGUCCAAGAUGACCGACAUCCCCGUGGUUCUGAUGGACCAGUAUUUGUCCUGCAGUGGCCCAGAGAACCUGGCUGGGGUUCUGUUCCAACGAGCGGAACUGGACCAGUGCGUCAAACCGUCAGUGAUGACCUCAGCCACUAAAAUCACGUCAUCGCUCGGCAGUAACGUUCUCCUCCGCUGUGACGCCACGGGAUAUCCUACCCCCACCCUCAUGUGGAGUAAAAGGGAUAGGUCUGCUUUUAAUAACACAGUUGUGCAAGAAUCUCCUGGUGAAGGUGUCCGGUGGUCCAUCCUCAGCUUGCACGGGAUCGUGGUAAAGGAUGCUGGCGUGUACCGCUGCAAGGCCAAGAACGUCGCAGGAAAUGCGGAGGCCUUCAUCACCCUCUCCCUGGCUGGGAUGGACUCUACAACCGUGUCCCCGCCACCGAGCAUCACCAAGAAGCCUGACGAGAAUCCGGGACUGGUUACCCAGUCUCCACCUCCAGUCACUGGCACUGUGGUUCUGACACCUACUACUACUUUCAUCCCAACGACCUCCAAACCACCCAUGACCACAGUAUCACCUAUGUCAAGCCGGAUGAACCUUGGCCCGGGUGGAGGCAUUCAGAGGUCCCCACCUGCUGGAGAUACACCGGCUAAGGUUCAGCAAGGAAAGGACGUCAAAAGUCUGAGUGGGAGCAACAAAACGAGGAAAAAGGGGAGUCCCUACAUCAAGGAUAUUGAAGUGGUGGAAGAGACUGGAGAUACGGUGGUUGUGUUAUGGACAAGUGAGGAUUUGCCUAGCGACACACCCUUGUCUGUGGCGUACUUCCCGUACGAUGCGGAAGACAGCAAGGAAACGUUGGAAACUGAGGUUGGGUUGGGUAAACUUCUUUUGGAGAACCUGUUUCCCAACCAGGCCUACACGGUCUGCUUGGUUGCCAAAGGUUACAUGUCUGGAAAGGGUCAGUGUGUGAAUUUUAGUACUCUGGACGCCGUUGCGGACGAUGGCCAGAACAAGUGGCUAAUGAUAGCGAGUGGGAUUGCUUGCGCUGUUGCACUCCCACUUAUUAUUCUUCUCCUUUAUAAGAUUGUAUCGCUCUACUGCAAAGGUAGAAGCGGUAGAAGUGGUGGAACGGAUGAAGACCUCUCGAAAGAGACAUAUGUAAAGUUUGAGACCCUCACAAUGAAACAGAGGACAUUGAACGGACCAGGGAAUGACCUCUGGGCUCGACGGCAGACGCAAGAAUCGGAAAGGAUGCUACUGUGUUCACGAUCAAGUAUAGACUCCCAAAUGACCUACAAGAGCGACAGUUCACGGUCGGAGUACCUAUGCUAGCUCUGCGUGAGUUAGCUACUAGGAAUUACCAUAUUUUUCUGAAACAGUGUUGCCUGUGCUCCAACUCCACUGGUUGCCGAAUAAAGACAAUGAUUGACAAUAAAUGAAAUGAGCAUAUUGGAUGUAUUAGUGCUUAAGAUGUCCUAGAUCACACUUGUCCUUCUACAACCAACCUGCUAGCACAGGAAAUGGUUAUACAUUUAUUUACAGGAUGUGUUUUUUUUACAGGAAGUUUGUAAUCAGUUGCAAUCUCUCUCUGGGUGAUGGACAUGAGGUAGCUUUCUGUUUAAAUAUGAGAAUAUCUUGUAUACCAAUGACUUUAUGUAAGCUUGGAAGCCUUCAGUUCCAUAGAAAUAAAGCCAAAACUAAUCGGCCAUGUUGAAGUCUGUGCAGUAAAGAGCAGAGGCGGAGCCAGACUUGCCUUCAUUGACUUUACAGUGCAGCCUGAAGGACCAGAAGCAGGACUUCAGUAUUCAUAGUUAUUUCAGUAAGUGAAACUUCCCAACACUACAAGUGCAGUUCAUGUUGUUUUUCUUAGCAAACUUAGAUUUUGAGGUCAAGUUAUAGCAAAUUAAAAAGAAAAUAUGGGCAGGAAUGUUUUGACAUUAAACAGUAUGGAGAUGGGCGGAGCUAAACGUCAUACUGCAACCACCCAGCAGAGGCACUAGACCUGGUGGCUUUGCUUCUGAGAAACCAUGCUUAUAUAAAGUCAUUGAUCUGUACUAAUACUGUGAUGAGACAUAAGUAAUUGGAUGCAGAAUGUGGGAAACAUCUACUAUAGGCUACUCUUGAGUUUGUUGAUGUGCUAACACUGUCAAUGUAUUGCCUUAUACGAGUCUGUUUUAAUUCCUGUUUAUUUCUUCCUUUUUUUUAAUGGACGGUUUUAUUUAUUGUACAUUUUAAGAUUAAACAUUAAAGAUUUUUUAUGAUAUAAAAUAUUCAUGUGGAGAUGUAAAUACUGCAUAUUCUUCCCUAUUUAUACAUUAUAGUAUCUCAACAUAAAAUAUAAUUUAACCUUUACAUUAAAUGGUUUGGGCUAAAAUGUCUUCAAUAUCUUUAUGCUUUAAAGUCUAAGUUUAAUUCAAAGAAUCUCUUAUUUGAAGUAUAUAUGACUUUGUGGGGGUGAACAGACUACAUAUAUAGUGUAACUGUAUCAACAGUAUAAUCUGUAUAAACAAUAUUGCAAAGCCUUGCCAACCACACAUAUACAUGUAUUAUGUCCAGUUUUGCCAUGUCUUUUGUGAUCAAUCUGCCAUCUUUUUCAACCAGAUAAACUUUAAAAAAUGGAUUUAGCUGUUUUCUUUCUUUCUCUGAUUAAGUCUAAAUUCCCUACAUUGAUAAUUCUGUGUUUUUAUGUUCUGUUUAGGCAGUAUUAACAUUUGCAAACUUUGUUCGUUGUAGCUAAAGAUAUUUAAGGACUUGUUUGGGUGAUGUUAUCCUGUUGGUUCAAGAUUUAUGAGAUUAUAUAGUAAUUUUGAGGUAUUUACACAGAUUUAAAAAUAAUCUUAGUUUAACCUUUAGCUUGCUCCUCUUGAGGCAGUGUUUAGUCUGUUUAGAAUCAUUAUUCUGUUUUAAAAGCUACUCCCCUUUUUAACUUUGUUACACUGGUUGCCACUGGCAGCAACACAAGCCAACAGCAUCAUCCAUCCACCCCCAUAUUUAACAGUUGGACAGGAGAUAGUUUCAUGAGAUAAAAAACACAUUUUAUAAAACACACAAUAACAUGAUUUCAAAGAUCUUUAACCUGAAAAUUUAAAAUGUUUCACAAUGGUUCACAAUAAAAAAUCCAAUUGGCUCCAGCCACUGGUAUAUUUGCAUA